CUCUGACCCUCCCCCUCCCUCCUCUCUCCACGUACGGAGUACUUCUAUUUGUGUACAUUUUGUGUAAUAUUUCAGAAUUUGGUGAAUAUCUUGCCGGCAAUAUCGCCGACAUAAAAGAUAACGGAAAGAAUCACAGUAUUAGUCACCCAUACUGUGUAGUGCAAGCGUUUUGCUAAAAGCUAAGCAUUUAGCAAAAAAAUAUCAAAUGUUGCCUUUAAUCGACAUGUUUCACAACGAACCGGGGGUGUAUGAGCUUUAUAAAGCCGACACCAGUGCCAUAAGAUUUCAAGUGAGAUACCCCAACGGAACAGGCUUUGCAUGUUUCACUCUCACUGCUAAAGAAAACCCAAAAAAAGACCUCUAUCAGGUUUUCUUUGGACCAACUUAUAGGUUUGUGGAUAUAACAAAAAAUGGAGAGCACGAAUCUAAACGAUUCACAUUAUCUGAACCCAUUGGUUCUGAUUUCCGAGAAUUUUGGAUGACGUGGCAUUCUGGAGUUAUUUGUAUGGGGGAGAGUGACCGACCAAAUCCCAUCCUUGUAUACACUGAUCACAGAAUAACACGUAAUAAUAUUGGUUUCAUUAAAUUCUUUAUAAAAUCUGCAAGAUGGCCAGUGGAAUGGUUUUAUGAAGCCUCUCCAGUUGUUCUAAAAUCUGUUGAAAACAGGAAGAUUGAAGGUGGCAUUGUGGAUUGGGUUGAAGUGGACAGCAACUCACCAUUUCCCGAUGACGCUCUAAUUGCCGGUUUUGAGAACGAACAACCUUUGUAUGUUGCCAGAGCCAGGAUUAAUGGAUCUCUUUGUGUAGGAAAAUACUUACGUUCUAAGCGCCGUGGCUAUUUCCCGUGGGGCGGGCGACAAUAUGUAGAAGAUGAGGUGGAGUUACUCACUGGUUAUAAUGUAAAAUGGGUUAAAACAAAAGGCGCCUGCAUACCAGAAAACGCAGUCGUCGGCGGUUACUCUGAAGUGCGGAGAGAGCCGUUGUACAUUGGCCGUGCGAUGUAUGAGAACAAUCUUCUGGUGGGAAAGGUUCACGUCCUGUACAAGGCGUGCUACUUCGCACACAGACGGAAGGAGGUGGAAGUGUCGGCGUAUGAGAUUAUGGUCCGGGGCGACUUGUCGGGGCGGGGUGAGCUCGCGGUAGACCUGGACGAGAAGCAUGAGCACAGGCCGCCGCGGCAGCUUGUCCUGUAGGUGCAACGUAUCCAGUUACUGGCAUUGAUGGUGUACUGGUUAGAAUGAAAUUUACACAAGCCAAGCAUAAAAGCAAAGUUGAAAUUUUGUCAUUGUCAAAUAUAGUGAUAAUAUAGAAAAUAAUUUAAUUCCGUGAAGCCUACUCGUGACGUUCAUAGAUGAAAAUGUACAACUGAUGUCUCAAUUUGGGACUCAUAAUUAGAUAUCUGCAAUUAUUUAAAAUACUUAUUGUUGUUCCUGAAGUUUAUUUUUAAAACUGUUGUAAAUCUCUUGUUGUGAUAUUAAUUUCUCUUAAAAGAUGCAAGAAUAGUGGGGAUGCACUAAGGCUAAGAAUUUGGGUACUUAUGACGAAGAAUAAUCGACUGUGAUGUGACCAAGAAUAUAGACUUUAUUUUGGGCUGAUUUUAGAAAUGUUCUAUUGUACAGUCUUCUAGCCUAUUUAAUAAUAUUUGAUAUUUUGUUUAUACGUAGAUACUUAUACGUUUCUAUGUCUUGUUAUUCUAUAAAUAUUUAAACUAGUAAAAUCUAAUAAAAAUUCUAAUUUUAACGAUA